AUGGAGACCCGUGCACCGGCCGCACUGCUGACCCUGCCGUACCCCCUGCGCGCUGUGCCACUGGGCACGCCAGGGACCCUGCCCCGCCUGCCUCUAAGAGACCACUUGGGAGUCUCCUGGCGCCUGGACGCCGCGUGCUGGGAGCGGGCGCACGGGGUCUGCGCGCCCAGGCGGCCGUCGCCGCCCCCACCGCUGGACUGCGCCUUGGAGCCCGCCUUCCUGCGGAAACGCAACGAGCGCGAGCGGCUGCGGGUGCGCUGCGUGAACGAGGGCUACGCGCGCCUGCGGGACCACCUGCCCCGCGAGCUGGCCGACAGGCGCCUCAGCAAGGUGGAGACGCUGCGCGCCGCCAUCGGCUACAUCAAGCACCUGCAGGAGCAGCUGGCGCGCCACGCCUCGGGCCCGGAGGCUGCGGCGGCCGCCGCCCCGCAGCGCAGGGCCGAGUGCAACAGCGACGGCGAGUCCAAGGCCUCGUCGGCGCCGUCGCCCAGCAGCGAGCCGGAGGAGGCGGGCAGCUAG